CAAUUGCAGCAGCUAUCAUGACUAUGCGUAGAGUGAAAUUUAUUCCCAAAUCGGCGGGAAAAAUUUCAACCUCUAAUUCUUACGAGGGUUUAACGGCGACACUGGCGGACAACGACGAUAUUGACGAUGACAUUCAAGAGCAAAGUCCUCCUGGGAGAUUCUGGGUAGGACUGGUGAAGCCAGUGGUAAUCAUAACACCGAAACCGAAAGUGCUGAAGCUUAGGGAGGAGGACCCUGAAGAUAGCGAGAGCCGCGAGGAAGUCUUUUACGAUGCGCUAGAUGAUUUCUUGGAAGAUGAAGACUCUGACGAGGAAGAAGAGGAGUUCUGGGACGCCGCCUCAUCAUAGCCGUCCUGUUAUGACUAAAUUCACUAUUGCGCUCAAGGAAAUCGGAAAUACAAGGAAGUUCUUAGGUCUCAGGUUGAGCACUUGUUGAAUGAUCGACUGUUGCAAUUUGUUAACAUAGAUUUGCAUGAUGUCAAGCUGCAAAGCAUGGAAGAAAGUGCUGAAUCUUAGUAGUUAGAGUAGAAGUCAUAUAGUUUACAGGGAAGGGAUAUGAUGGUGAUAUUGCUUUUGCAAGUGCUCUGGAAACUUUUGGUUGGGGGCACAAUGACCCUAUUAUUGUUGCUUUCCAAUCAAGGAGAGAAGACUUUAUUAGCUCCAUGAGUUUUUAUUCCAGAUUCUCACCAUAUAUAAUCACAAUCAUCAUAUUCUUUCCAAUAAAUCACUUCAUUGAUAUUUUUUCCAGAUUGUUGUGCUAUUAAGUACAUUGUUGUAUUAGUGUUACGUUACUAAUUAUGUACGUAAGUAACAUACUAAUUCAGCCUCGCAACCUCCUAUAACAGUUUUUGUUGAAACUUUUUAGUUUUUUUUUUGUC